AUGAACAUGUCCGCCGGCGACGGCCAGGCACACCACGGGGCGCACGGCGGCGAGGGCGCCGGACACGUCGGCCACCACCACCAUGGCGGCUGCAGCGGUGAAAAGGGGCCGUACUCGGUGGGGCUGCACGUAGCGGGCGUUUUUGUUCUGCUCGUGGCCUCGCUUGUGGGGACGCUUAUCCCACUUGCCGGGAAGUACGUGCCGUGCCUGCAGCUGAGCCCGUUCAUGUUUGUCCUUGGCAAGUGCGCGGCGACUGGCGUGGUGCUGGCCGUUUCCCUACUCACCAUGGUUCACCACAGCAUGCACAGCUUUGCGGAGGAGUGUGUGCCCAAGGCGCUUAAUUCAAAUACGUACGACGCGUUUGCAUUGCUAUUUGCGAUGAUUGCGGCGAUGUUGAUGCACCUGUUCGAUGCUGUCUUGGACGGCGUGCUACAGAGCUGGGCGGCUUGCGACGCUGGCGCCCAGACCUCGACAACUAUUGGAGAGCAGGGCGGGACGCAAAAGAAAGGCGGCGCAUGUGGGGGCGCGUGCGGUAUGGAGGGGUGUGGAGAGGAACCAGGACCGAAUUGUGAGACCGGUGGGUGCUGCCAGAACCGUGGGGCCCUUGCGGCAGCGCGGCUCAACAGCGCGAGGCGUGUCGCUGCUGCAGUGUUAAUGGAGUUCGGCUUGGCGUCACACAGUGUUUUCUUGGGCCUUUCUGUGGGGAUUGCGAGUGACACGCAGAUGCGGACGCUGCUUAUCGCUUUGUCGUUCCACCAGCUGCUGGAGGGAGUUGCGUUGGGCUCGCGGCUGGUGGAGGCUUCCAUGAGCGUUCUGGCUGAGGUGGCAAUGACGCUAAUCUUCUCCGUCUCCGUGCCCCUGGGUAUCGCGAUUGGCCUCAUCACAAUGGUGGGGACAAAUUCUUCCAUGACGGGCCCGGCGUUCGUGACGCUGCAGGGGGUGGUGAACGCCCUGGGCGGCGGCAUGUUGCUGUACAUUGCCUUUUCCCUGAUUUUCAAUGACUUCCCGGCGGACAUGCGGAGCGUCGCCGGGCCGACCGCGGCGCAUGGAGGCUGGAAGCGGUGCGCAAUGUUCGCGGCCUUCUGGGGCGGCACUGGCGCCAUGGCAGUUCUCGCCAACUGGCACUAG